CUCGUGGAGUGGGUGGAGACGGAGAGCCGCCGCGCAGGGGUCGGACCGAACCGUCACGGGACGCGGGCUCGAUCGGGACCGCGGACUGGGCUGAGAUAGCGAAUUCCCAGGAAGAAGAAAAUGGAUUGCACAUCAGUUGUUCUCUAAAUAUUUGGUCGCAGCAGUGUGCAGGUUUGUUGCAAAGCCCCAAAGAAAAUGGCAACUCCUUAUGUCCCAGUUCCCAUGCCCAUAGGGAGCUCGGCUUCUGGUUUUACGACCAACAGAAACCAAAGAAGUUCUUCUUUUGGGAGCAUCUCAACAAGCUCAAACUCUUCCAAAGGCCAUUUGGAAGACUCACAUGUGGGAAAUGUGAAACAGACAGAUGUACAUCAUCAAACGGGUAGCACUUCAUCAGUCUGCAGCAGCCCCCUUCUUAGGACUAAAUUUACAAAUGCAGAUUCCUGCAUUGAGUAUUCUACUAGACCGAGAGACAGUGAAGAAGAGAAUCCUGAAACAGAGAAUUUGGAAGAUAGGCCUUCCACACCUACGAUUCUGGGUUACGAGGUGAUGGAAGAAAGAGCUAAAUUUACUGUAUAUAAAAUACAAGUAAAGAAAAACCCAGAAGAAAGCUGGGUAGUUUUCAGAAGAUACACUGACUUCUCUAGGCUUAAUGAUAAAUUAAAAGAGAUGUUUCCAGGCUUUCGAUUAGCACUUCCACCAAAACGCUGGUUUAAAGAUAAUUACAAUGCCGACUUUUUAGAAGAUAGAAAAUUAGGAUUACAAGCAUUUCUUCAAAAUUUAGUAGCUCACAAGGACAUUGCUCACUGCCUGGCAGUGAGAGAGUUCCUGUGCCUGGACGACCCGCCGGGUCCGUUUGAUAGCCUGGAGGAGAGCAGGGCUUUCUGCGAAACGUUGGAGGACACCAACUACCGUUUUCAGAAAGAAUUACUUGAAAAACAAAAAGAGGUGGAUUCGCUGAGGAAACUGCUCAGUGAGAAGCAACUUCGCAUAGACACGCUCGAGAGCAGGAUCAGAGCGCUGUGCUCGCACCCCGAGGAGGCGCUGCGCCUGUCCGAGCCAGGAGGUGAGCCCGCCCCGCAGGUGGAGGCCCCUGUGCCGGGGGCUGAUCCGGAAGUCCUGGACGACGAGUCCAGAGCUAGCGACAGGCCCUGCUGCAGGCUCCCGGAGCCCCAGAGCCCCGCGUCGGACAUCGAGGUGGCAGAAGUCGCGUACGACGCCGAGGACUGACCUGCGGGCCCUCCCUUCCGACACUGCAACUCUGCGACCGAACACCAGUGCUGAGGGAGACACUGCCGGUCGCGGGACUGCGUGGACGCACGUGUGUGGCGUUGGCAUGGGAGCCGCUCCGAGCUACUGGGACAGGAGCGUGUUCACUGCGCUCUGAGCAGUGUCUGUCGUCCCGCCCUUGGGUUCAUGCACUAAAGAAUCUAGUUAGAUCUGUAAUCAGCACCCACAUUCUUAAAUACUGGGCAUGAAUUAUUUUGGUGUUUUGCCAAUAUAUUGCUCCGAACCACUGUGUUUAAAUUACGUUAUAUUAGUCAAACGCAAUGCAUUGCAUGUUGCUCUCUGGCUGAUGCGUCCUUCUUUGUGUCUUUGAUAUGAUACAAUUUCACUAACCGUUUAAACCAGUGGUAAAGGACUGAGGUUUAAAUGUUGACAUGUUUACCAUCUCUACAUAGAAAUUGCUUAUUUAGAAUGUUACUAUUUAAAAGUACAACACUCCUAGUACCAAAGGAAAACUGUGUGAAAGAGCUGUAAUUAUAUAGCUAAUGUGAUGAAAUAGCCUUGGUUUUAAAAGCUGAUUCAUUAACAUCACAAGCCUAGAGUAGUUCCCGUUCACUGUUACACUUGUUUCCUUUCCACGUGGUCUUUAUCUCCAUUCUCUCCCUGCAGAAUCAGUGAGCUGCCUCUGUCAGAACACUACCUCUUUGUGCUAACCAAGGCAUACUCUUGAAAAUAUAUUAUAGAGUCUAAGUAAAUAGGGAGUUAUACAAAAAAUAAAGAUAAAAAGCCAUAUCUAUCACAAAGGCCCUCACUGUGUUGGCUCCUGGCAUUGCAUUUUUAUUCCUGUACAUGUAAAUAUGUUACUAUCAUCUAUUCUUAGCCGAUUUUCUUUUUAAUAUAUUUAGCCAAGCCAUGCACUUUAUGUGAUUAACUCCUUUGUGCCAAGUCGAGUGGUACGUUUGUCCAUGAGAGGAGGGAGGCGCUCCUCCGCUCUGUGCCCCGGCCUCCUCGGAUCCAUGCCCUCCCUCCGCGCGACUGGCGCUCACCGUGCUGCUGGGCGUCGUGUUCGCUGGUGUCGUGGCCCCGCCUCUGGUACAUCGCACCUCGUCUACUUCUGAAAACAGAGGAGCUGGCGGGAGGAGGAGUGACAAGGUCCAUCGUUUCUUCACCAAGAAACACACCCACGCGCGUCAGGGUGUUGGCUGCACUAGGCGUGGGGUUACAGUUCUCCCGUGGGCUGACAGGCCCAGCGUGGCUCUUAGCCCGUGGCCUACAGAGCAGACUGUACCAGAGACCAGACAUCUUAGACGUGUGUCGGGUACCACGGGACGCGGUGUCUGUUCUCCCGGGUGCACCCGGAGUGCUCGCUCUCCUGGGACAGAGCGCAGCACCUGGUCAUGGUGCCUCCCAAAUGUUUUCCAGGGUUAAGGAAGGUUUAGAAAGAACAAUCAUUUAAACUAAUUGAUACAAUUUUUAGUCUAAUGAAACGUGAUUAUCUGUACUGCAUUCCAUAUGUUAGAGCCCUGCGUGUCCGUCCCAAAGUGAGCCACGCGCAGCCCCACCUCCAGAGGAGUGUGGUCCCGUCGGGCGGGCGAGGAGCUGUUGGCGCGCCAGCCUCAGUCGCCUGUGUUCAGGGUCUACCUGUACUUUCUGAUGUAUU